CAAAUAGUUGUCAAAAUCAAUCAAAAGUCAAAAUAUGAUUUAUAAUAAAAUAAAAACCUAUUAAUUUUUCUUAGAUAUUAAUUAUGAGCACAUACGAGAUUAGUAAAUCGUCGUUAUUAAGUUUAAAAGCUGAAAUUCUAAGGAAGCAGGAAGAUUUAGCCAAAGCCAAGGCAGAUAAUGCUGAGAAAAUCAAAGUAAUUAAAAAGAAAAGCCCGUUAGAAUUAAAAAAUAAAGGGGUUAAUGAAAGAGCUAGGCGAGAUUUUGGCGAUGAAGAACAAGAUCUAUUAAAGCUUUCCAGAUCAAAACUCGAAACAAAAGCCAAACUAUACGAUAAGCUAUCUAAUAGAAUACUAACAGAAGAUUUAAAGAGAAAAUAUUUGGUUAGAUUUGAUGAUAAAGAUGUAGAUAAUAAAUGUCCUAUUGACAAUGAAGAAGAUCUAGAUUUACCACCUGAUGAUGAUGCUGAUGACCAAUUUUCAGAUUACAAUGAUCAUGUUGAUUCUUCAGAUGAAUGGGUUGAAUACAUUGACUGUUUGGGUCGAUCAAGAAAAUGUUUAAGAAAAGAUCUAGAAUACUUCAAAUCAAAAGAUGCAGAAUUAAAACUAGUAGCAGAUAAAAGACAUGAGGUUGAAUCAAAAAACACUGAAAGCAAUAAAGAAAUUGGAGAAGAAAACAUUGAAACUACAAAUAAACCUGAGGAUAUACAAACUGAACUAGACCUAGUAUCAGCUGAUAUGAGAAAAGAUAUGUUGAGAAGACAGUGGGAAAAGGAAGAAGAAGAAUUAAGAGAUAGAAGUGAUAUUCAUUACCAGAAUGUAUUAUUUAAUGAGGCAAGGCAACAUGGUGUUGGGUACUAUGCAUUUUCAAAAGAUGAAGAAGAAAGAUUAGUGCAACAACAGGCACUUAAAAACCUUAGGCAAGAAACGGAAUUGGAACAGAAUAAGGCCAAAAAUAUUCGUCUUUUGAGAGAGAAGCAGAUGGCGGCAAGAAUAAAAGCUGCUAGAAAUAGGACAAGAGCUAGACUAGGUUUACCACCUGAAGAAGACACUUCAUCAGAUGUUCCUUCUAAUAACAAGCCAGAUGAAAAUAAAGAAGUAUCUGAAGAAAAGGAAAAAGACACAGACAGCGAGACACAGAAAAUAGCAGAAGAAAAAAGAAAACGACAUGUUCGUCCAUGGGAUAUUGGAAAAGAAGGGCUUAAAGAGCAUUACGUUAUGAGUCAAAAUGAGUGGAAUGAAAAGCAGCGACAGGAAAGGAACACAGAAUUUGCUCCACCAAAGUCAUAUCAUGGCAGACAUUUUAAAUAUGUAAGAAACAUAGAAGAAAAUUUAGAAGAAAAUAAGUCUCUGAAAUUUUCCACAAAGAAAAGUUCGAAAAAAAGAACAAAGCCAAAAUAUAAUGAUUACAAAAGUAAUCCUACAAAAUCUGAUAGUGAUGAUGAACUUUUGAAAGAUUUUAAGGAAUCUAAAUCCUUUAGUACCUCAUCUUCUGAAUCAAGAUUAUAUGCGUCAAUAAAUCCGUAUAAAAGAAGUUAUGAAUCAGAAAGUGACUGUCAGAAAACCGACCGAGAAUGUGAAGGUCAAUCUGGAUAUAAGAAAGUUAAUACAUCUACAGAACAACCUAAUUUGUCAAACACUGUAGAAGCAGGUUUAAGAUUCUUAAGGUCUCAAAUUGAAAAUUCCUCCUCAAAUGGUGGUUAACUUAUACUUAUAAAUAUAUAGAUUUUUCAAUA